AUGGUGCUCAACGUCUUUCGCAUUGCUGCGGAUUUCUCGCAUCUGGCGAGUAUCCUCAUCUUGCUGCACAAGAUGGUGCAGCUCAAGAGCUGUUCGGGCAUCUCCUUCAAGUCGCAAGGCCUGUAUCUGCUCGUCUACCUCACUAGAUACCUCGAUCUCUUCUCGACCAACAGCAUCUACAACUUCGUCUUCAAGGUCCUCUUCAUCGGCUCCCAGGGCUACAUCAUCUACCUCAUGACCAACGCCUACAAGCCCACCAACGAUGUCAACGUCGACACCUUUCGAGUGCAGUACCUCCUUGGCGGCGCCGCCAUCCUCGCCGUCGCCUUUCCCUACUAUUACACGCCCGCCGAGAUCAUGUGGGCCUUUUCCAUCUGGCUCGAGUCCGUGGCCAUCCUCCCGCAGCUGUUUAUGUUGCAGCGCACUGGCGAGGCAGAAACCAUCACGACUCACUACCUCUUCGCCCUCGGACUCUACCGCGCCCUCUACAUCCCCAACUGGAUCUACCGCUACGUCGCAGAGCCCAACCAUAAGGUGGAUUGGAUCGCCAUUGUCGCCGGCCUGAUCCAGACGGUUCUCUACAGCGACUUUUUCUACAUCUACUACAACAAGGUUCUCAAGGGCAAGAAGUUUAAGCUGCCUGUCUAA